CCGUCUCACCAUGUCGUAAACAAAGCACAUCAUCCCUUGGAUCUCACUUCUUCACACUUGUUUCAUCCAGUACCUCCUCUCCGAGCUUUAAUAUGUAUGCCCUUCACCGAGAAGCCGGUAAACCGCCUUGGCCGCAAUGACCGUCGAAUAGAUCCCAACGCAGAGAAAGCCCAUCCAUUCGCACACCAGCAGCACCCGCGUGUACGGAUCGAAGCACCACUGGAUCACGGUGGCCGCUCCCUCACAGACACACAGAUCCUUGCGCAUGGAAAGCUCGUCCUUCAGGGCUCGGGCCCACAGCCCGGUCGCAGGGAGGGUCUUCCAGAACAGGAGGUUCCACAGGUAGUCGGUCGCGAUGGUCGAGUAGAGCUGGGCGAAGUAGGUCGACACGAGCAGGCCGCAGCGGCUGUGGUUGAUCAGGUAGGAGAUGCUGCAAUACAGGAGGAGGCCCGCGGCGAGGGGCGAGGAGUCGGUGAUGGUGGUGAGAUGGCGUUUGAUUCCUGGAGCGAGGUUGGUGGUCAUGAUGAGGGUGAACGUGAGGACUACGAGCUGGUUGAUGAGGGCGACGAUCUGGGUCAUUGUGGUGCUUGUCUCGAGGGUUUGGUCUGAUCUCGAGGAGUGAGGUUGAUUUCGGUGGGUGGAAGUGGAGGUGCUGGAAAAUUGUAGAGUAGAGGAGGAGGUUGAUAUUGGGUUAGCUGGUGAUAAGUGUUAUGUUUUGGAAUGAUGGAGUGUGUUGUGCGACGAAUUCUGUUCUCAUGUUCUUCGGUACGGGAAGGG